AUGGAAAAAGAGAGGAUCAUAGAACACAGAAGUGACGAUGGCAACGCAGACGACCCGAAAAAGAAGAAAGCGAGGCGGCAGAGGACUCAUUUCACCAGCCAGCAGCUGCAAGAGCUCGAGGCCACCUUUCAGAGGAAUCGCUACCCGGACAUGAGCACAAGAGAGGAGAUAGCCGUGUGGACCAACCUCACCGAGGCCAGAGUCAGGGUGUGGUUCAAAAAUCGCAGGGCCAAAUGGAGGAAACGUGAACGCAACCAGCAAAUGGACCUGUGUAAGAACAGUUACCUGCCCCAGUUCAGUGGCCUCAUGCAGCCCUACGACGACAUGUAUCCCGCCUACACCUACAACAACUGGACUAACAAAGGACUGACCCCGGCCCCUCUGUCCACAAAGAACUUCACCUUUUUCAACUCAAUGAGCCCACUCACAUCUCAGUCAAUGUUCUCGGCUCCUAACUCCAUCUCUUCUAUGACUAUGGCCGGAGGUAUGGGCCACUCCGCUGUACCGGGGAUGCCGACUGCGGGCCUGAACAACAUCAGCAAUCUUAACGGCAUCGGCACCUCUACAAUGAACUCAGCCAUGUCCUCCUCCGCCUGUCCAUAUGGACCUCCCGGUUCCCCUUACAGCGUAUACAGAGACACAUGUAACUCUAGUCUGGCGACUCUGAGACUGAAAUCGAAACAGCACCCAACCUUUGGAUACAGCGGGUUGCAAAGUCCUGGGUCUAGCCUUAACGCCUGCCAAUACAACAGUUGACCUAUCAGCCGCGCUGAAAAUAAUUUGCCGACAGCUGUGGGCCUAGUAGGCCGACCUGCGAAUGGGGCGAAAGACAACUAAACUGGAUUAGUUGCAAUCAUUUUUUUUCAAAUGGAUUAUGCGGGUUGUAUGUGUUUACCAUUGAACUUGCACAACAAUUUAAAUGGGGGUUUUUUCGAUUUAAAAAGUGAUGAAGACGUGUUACAUUGCAACAUUGAACAUAAGAAACAGACAAAGGAACAUCUGUGUAUUUUCGUUUGCUUGUUUUGAGGACUCAAACCAAUUUAAACGUGGCUUGUAUAGACCUAUGUACUCCUGGUCUUGGAUUAGGAACAAAAAGUGCAACAAAAAAGGCGUAUCCAGACUCGGUAGAAAAAUAAUUGUAUUGUACAUAGCUUAUAUUGCUCAUGUGUGCUUUGCCGUCUUUGCAGGGGGUGCCACGGGCCCGGUUAAAUGUGCCAAUUUUUUUUUUAAGCGUGAGUUUCAUUUUAUAGCCUGCUUUGUCUGGAGUAUUUUCUCAUUUUUUAUGUGCUGAAAAUAGAAAUCCCGCAUGCUUUAACUUCAGUGCAACGUGUUUUGUACAAGUUGAUAAUUAUGUAAGAUAAAGCAAAGUCCAUUAUACUGUAUACAAAAGGUGAUUGAAAAGUAACUUCAUGUGUUUAUGAUCUGUUUGAAUACAAUAAAGCAGAUAGUAGUUUAUUUCAG